AUGGCAAUGUUUGUAGGGUCCAGCCAGAGAAACCAGUGUGUUGUGUCAGAGUUCAUCCUCCUGGGGCUUCCCAUCAGGCCAGAGCAGCAGGGCAUCUUCUUCACCCUGUUCCUGGCCAUGUAUCUGACCACGGUGCUGGGGAACCUGCUCAUCAUCCUGCUCAUCAGGCUGGACUCUCGCCUCCACACCCCCAUGUACUUCUUCCUCAGCCACUUGGCCUUCACAGACAUAUGCUUUUCAUCUGUCACUGUUCCAAAGAUGCUAACAGGUAUGCAGGGCCAGCACACAUCCAUUGCCUAUGAGGAAUGUGUUUCACAGACGUACUUUUUCAUAGUCUUUGCUGACUUGGACAGUUUCCUUAUCACGUCAAUGGCCUAUGACAGGUAUGUGGCCAUCUGUCACCCUCUACAUUAUACCACCAUCAUGAGUCAGAGACUUUGUGUUAUGCUGGUAGUUGUGUCCUGGGUCACAGCUUGUGCUUGUGCUCUUCUGCACACCCUCCUCCUGGCCCAGCUUUCCUUCUGUGCUGACCACAUUAUCCCCCACUUCUUCUGUGACCUUGGUGCCCUGCUCAAAUUGUCAUGCUCAGACACAUCCCUCAACCAACUGGUAAUCUUCACAGCGGGGCUGGCAGCAAUUAUGCUCCCGUUUCUAUGCAUCCUGGUUUCUUAUGGUCAUAUUGGGUUCACCAUCCUCCGAGUUCCCUCUACCAAGGGCAUCUGCAAAGCCUUGUCCACUUGUGGAUCCCACCUCUCAGUGGUGGCUCUCUAUUAUGGAGCGAUUAUUGGUCUCUAUUUUCUUCCCCCAUCCAGAAACACCAAAGCAAAUAAUGUGAUCGCUUCAGUGAUGUACACAGUGGUCACUCCCUUGUUGAACCCUUUCAUAUACAGUCUAAGAAAUAAAGACAUGAAAGGGGCUUUUAGAAAACUUUGGAGUAAGAAGACAGAUUUUUCCAACUGA